CUCUCUGCUCAGGCACAUGCUCGGUGCGCGGGGCCGGCGCGGUUUCCUCGCGGCCUCGUCAGCAGCAGCGGGGCCCCGCGGCCUCCCGGCAUGGCUCCCCCCACAGGCAACGUGGUGGACAGUCAGUCCCCCCGCCCGCCAGCCAACCAGCUGCGCUGGGAUCUGAGCGCUGAGCAGAUCGAGCGCAUGGCAGCAGAGCUCACCGAGAGGACCAAGCUGGUGUACGACCGGGUGGGCUCCCAGGAGCAGGGCGAGGUGUCCUAUGAGAACACCCUGAAGGCACUGGCGGAUGUGGAAGUGGAAUAUACAGUCCGUCGGAACAUGCUGGACUUCCCCCAGCACGUCUCUCCUUGCAAAGACAUCCGUGCAGCAAGCACUGAGGCUGACAAGAAGCUCUCGGAGUUUGAUGUGGAGAUGAGCAUGAGGCAGGAUGUGUACCAGAGGAUUGUCUGGCUCCAGGAGAAAGCAGAGAGUGCCUCACUGAAGCCUGAAGCAAAGAGGUACCUGGAGAGGCUGAUCAAAUUGGGCAAAAGAAAUGGUCUCCAUCUCCCUGAGGAAACACAGGAGAAAAUCAAAGCUAUUAAGAAGAAGCUGAGCGUCCUUUGCAUAGACUUCAACAAGAACCUGAAUGAGGACACCACCUUUCUGCCCUUCUCAAGGGAGGAACUAGGGGGACUCCCUGAGGACUUCUUGAACUCUCUGGAGAAGACAGAGGAUGGCAAGCUGAAAGUCACCUUGAAAUACCCACACUAUUUCCCUCUCUUGAAGAAGUGCUACGUGCCUGAGACAAGGAGGAAGGUGGAGGAGAUGUUCAACUCGAGGUGCAAAGAGGAGAACUGCUUGAUCCUUAAGGAGCUGGUGGACUUGCGGGCUCAGAAAGCCAGUCUGCUGGGCUUCAGCACGCAUGCUGACUUUGUGCUGGAGAUGAACAUGGCUAAAAGCAGCAAGACAGUGGCUACUUUCCUGGAUGAGCUGGCCCAGAAGCUGAAACCCCUUGGGGAGAAGGAACGGGCAGUGAUCCUGGACCUGAAAAAGAAAGAGUGUGAGAAGCGAGGCCUGGAGUUUGACAACCGCAUCAAUGCCUGGGACAUGCGCUACUACAUGAAUCAGGUGGAGGAAACCAAGUACAGCGUGGACCAGAAUCUGCUGAAGGAGUACUUCCCCAUGCAGGUGGUCACCACAGGCCUACUGGCCAUUUACCAGGAGCUGCUGGGGCUCACCUUCCAUCUGGAAGAGAAGGCUCAGGUGUGGCACGAGGACGUCCAGCUCUACACAGUGAAGGACACCUCCUCCGGGGAGACCAUUGGCAAAUUCUACCUGGAUCUGUACCCACGGGAAGGGAAGUAUGGGCACGCGGCCUGCUUCGGCCUGCAGCCAGGCUGCCUCCUGCCGGACUCCAGCCGGCAGAUCUCAGUGGCUGCCAUGGUGGCCAAUUUCACCAAGCCCACUCCAGAUGCCCCCUCCUUGCUGCAGCACGAUGAAGUGGAGACUUACUUCCACGAAUUCGGGCACGUCAUGCACCAGCUGUGCUCUCAGGCGGAGUUUGCCAUGUUCAGUGGGACACACGUGGAGAGGGAUUUUGUUGAGGCACCAUCACAGAUGCUGGAGAAUUGGGUUUGGGAGAAGGAGCCGCUGCUGCGCAUGUCCAGACAUUACAAAACAGGAAGCCCCAUUCCUGAUGAACUGCUGGAAAAGCUCAUUAAAUCCCGGCAAGCAAACACGGGGCUGUUCAACUUGCGUCAGAUCGUCCUGGCCAAGGUGGACCAGGCGCUGCACACCCAGACGAAGGCUGACCCCGUGGAAGUGUUUGCACAGCUCUGUGAAGAGGUGCUGGGUGUCCCUGCUACCCCAGGUACAAACAUGCCGGCUACGUUUGGCCACUUGGCUGGAGGCUACGAUGCCCAGUACUAUGGCUACCUCUGGAGCGAAGUGUACUCCAUGGACAUGUUCCACACACGCUUCAAGCAGGAGGGGAUCAUGAACUGCAAGGUGGGCAUGGAUUAUAGGAAUUGUAUCCUGCACCCUGGUGGGUCCCUGGAUGCUUCUGACAUGCUGAGGAAGUUCCUGGGCCGUGAGCCCAAGCAGGAUGCCUUCCUGGCCAGCAAAGGACUGAAGGUGGAGAGCAACUCGCUGCCUUCAGCCUGCUAAGAAGCUGCUCCAGCCUGUUUGAGUCAAGCCAGCUCCUUUGCCUACACACCAGUCCUCUCAGGCCCAGCAAUACCCGGUACUUCAGCACGUCCUGGGCCCGCCCCGUUGGAGCUGUUCCUCCAGGAUCCUGCUCUGAGCCCACCUGGGCAUCCAGAGCUGGGUUUGGUCCUGGUCUGGGGCUGUGCAGUGACAGCUCUGUGUAGGAAAUGGAAUUCCCCUUUGUCACUCCCCAAAACGGGGAUGGGGCUGUCACUAACCACAAAAGUUAGCUGAGCUUUGUACCUGAUUUCUGCAGAAGGGUGAGUUUUAGCCUCAUUGUUAGCUGGGGAGGAGGGUGAGAAGUUAGCAAACUUGAGUCACUGUUUUAAAAUCCCUUCGUUAUGAGACUUCCCAUAGGGCUUGACUUGUUUUGUGACCAGAGUAACCUUACUGUUGAGCACAAAACAAACAGCCUGAGGAGUUUUAUUAGGAAUCCCUCUCUCCCCAUCUUUGGGCAGCUGUGGAAUAAAGAUAGGAAAAUCUCUGUGCUUAAAAAACAUUGGGUUUGCCAGAAUGUCAUGUCCUGAGCUGCUGCAAUGCUGCUGUCUGGGUGGUGGGCUGGGGGGGGCUGGGGUGUGUGGUGGGCAGAGACCCAGGACCGCGUGCCUGGGGUCAUCCUGGGGCAGCUGCUGCCCUGGGGGCUCAGGUCACAGCAGCGGGGUGUGUUGCUGUUGGUGUCAGCUCUAAGCCAGGGUGGGACAGGGGAGGGCCAUGGAAAAAAAGCAGGCGGCUUCAAACAGCACAGAUGCUUGGGAUAAAAAUAUCAAGUGGGCCUGGUGCCAGGGGAGGGCCUGGGAGCGGCCGGGCUCUGCGGGGACAGCAGGCAGCCCUUCGCCUGGCCUGGAGAGCAGUGCGGCCCUGAGAAGGCCCCAUGGCAGUGCCCACAUGUCAUGGGGCUGGAAGCAGGCGCCCUCCUGGGAGAGCUGAGGCCCUGGCUGUGGUUUGCUCCUGCUAUGGUGAGUGGUUUUCCCUGCUCUCUCCCCAGCUCCGGCUGCAGGGCUGCUCAGAGGCAGGCAGUGGGCCCUGCAGCUCCUCUGCUGUUGGAGCUCACACUGCUGGCCCCAACUGCUCCCUGUGCUUCUCCUCCUGUCCCCAAGCUUCCAUCUGGGCUGCUUCACCCCCUGGGAUGAAAGCUGGGCCAGCUGCUGAAGAGAAGCGUGCACCAUGAGUGGACAAAACCACUGCUGUCACCUUCCUGUCCCCGUCCCAUUGCCACAAGGGCCAUCCUCCCUCACCCUGCCCUGCAGAUGGGUCCCUGGGCAGCAAUGCAGCUCCUCGGUGCUCCUCUCUGGGGCCACGUAGGCAUCCUGUCUUUUCCCCCCACCCUCUAUUUUAGGCAUAGGUGAGUGUCUGUCCCGGGUGCUGGCUGCACAGGGCUGGGUGUGCUCAAUUUGAUGCUGUGAGCGUUAUAACUGUCACGUUUUACUGAGCUUUCAGGGUUUUCUUCUGCCCUCUUCUCUCGAGGGAGAGAACCGGGCAGGGAAAACGUGCACUUUCCUCCCUCCUUCCCACAUAACUCUGUCCCUCCUUCCAAUUACUCGUGCUCAUGUGUGCGGUGAGCGGUGCUGCUGGUAGGGCUGACCCCAAGGCACGGUGCUGUCUUACACCAGGCUCCCUGCAGCUGCACCUUAUCCCUCCGCCCCCCCACCAGGGAAGAGAGAUCCCAUUUGUGGGUUUUCUUGUUUCAUUUUGUUAACCUUUUAAGGGCAAACCGGUGUGUGUGUGUGUGUGUGUGUGUGCCGUUUGUAAUGGUCGCGUCCCUCCCUGCUUGUUUCAAUGACUGGAUUUUAGAUGAUUCCUAGCACUAAUAAACAUUUUCCCAUGCCGGA